GACAACAGAAGAAGUAGAAAUCUUUUUAAGGAACAAUCAGGGUCAGCUAGAAGAACAUAUUCACUUUCCAUGGCAGCAUACACUCAGAACAUAGAAAAGAAAGCUGAAUGAUUAGAGAGGAGGGAAGACCCUGUAGAAAGAACUACUGACAAAGAGCAGGCAAUCACUCAUCAUGACCCAGGAAUUUCCUGAGGUGACGACUGAAUUUACCUAUGAUGAAGCAGCUGCUGUUUGUGACCAAGUAAACAUCCAGGAGUUUGGGAAAGUAUUUCUGCCAGCCUUAUAUGCCCCUGUGUUUGUUCUUGGCCUGGUGGGGAAUCUCCUGGUGGUUUUUGCCAUCGUGAAGGGCAGCCGAGAGAAGAGCAUCACAGACAUUUUUCUCUUGAACUUGGCUAUCUCGGACCUGCUCUUCGUGAUCUCGCUUCCUUUCUGGACUUUCUAUGUGAUGCGUGGAUGGAUGCUUGGGAACAUUCCAUGCAAAAUCAUCUCCUCGCUUUAUUAUGUGGGUUUCUUUGGUGGCAUGUUUUUCAUCACUGUCAUAAGCAUUGAUAGAUACCUGGCCAUAGUUCGGGCAGCAUUUUCUCUGAAAGCCAGAACAGUCAGCCAUGGCUCUCUUACCACUCUUGGGGUGUGGAUGGUGGCCAUUUUAGUCUCAGUGCCACAAUUUGUGUUCACCCAGGAGACAGAGGAACAAUGCACCGCUAGGUACCCUGAUGAUCUUAAGGAAAUCUGGCCUAUUUUCUGCAAUGUGGUAAUGAAUGUCUUAGGGUUCCUUAUCCCAGCCUGUGUCAUAAGCUUUUGCUAUUUUGGGAUCAUCAGGACAUUGCUCUCCUGCAAAAAUCACAAAAAAAAAAGAGCCAUCAAACUAAUUUUAGUGGUGGUGGUUGUGUUUUUCCUCUUUUGGACCCCAUACAAUGUACUGAUUUUUCUGGAAACUUUAAGACACUAUAAAUUGGUUAACCAAUGCCACGAAUUUAUGGACUACGCAAUGCAUGCGACUGAAACACUAGCAUUCAGUCACUGUUGUCUCAAUCCACUUAUCUAUGCUUUUGCUGGGGAAAAAUUCAGGAAGUACCUUUGUCAUUUGUUUCUAAAGUGUUGCUCAUUCAUGUGCCCCUGUGGGCCCUGCCACCAAUACCAGGCUAGCUCUCUAACUACCACUCCAGAAAGCAUGCUAAGCAGCAACCAGACCCAGAAUACCAGUGACCAGGAUGCCUCUGCCCUUCUGUGAAAGGUUUUGUUAGCAUACCUUUAGAAAUACACCUUGUCCAGGCUUCAGAGGAGUAGCCAUGUUAGUCUGUAUCAAUAAAAACAACGAGGAGUCCUUGUGGCACCUUAGAGACAAACACAUUUAUUUGGGCAUAAGCUUGCAUGGGAUAUAACCCACUUCAUCAGAUGCAUGGAGUGGAAAAUACAGUAAGCAGGAAUAAAUAUACAGCACAUGAAAAGAUGGGAGUCAAAUAUAACAUGUGAGUGUACCUGAAUGCCAGGGAUUUCUUUUGCUCAGCAUUAAUUAUUUUUUAAAAGUACAGCUUUAAUGAUGACAA